AUGCCAGCGUCCAGUCGAAGUGCGGGCCUCAAAGUGUCCCUGGCGUGCGACUCAUGUCGUUCCCGAAAGCGUAAGUGCGACGGGGUACGACCGAUAUGUGGCCAAUGCAGAGCAAACAACCAUACGUGUGCCUUUAAUGUGCAUGUGGAUAAGCGCAAGCCACCCUCGAAGUCCUAUGUACUUGCACUCGAAGCCCGGAUCAAGACUCUUGAGGCUCGGGGACAAGUCCUAGAGCAGCUUUUGCGCGAUGCGUCUAUCAGCGUGCCAUCCCCCGAGUCCGAUGGAAUCGAUUUGUCUGUGUUUUUAGAGGCCAGCCAGCGCUCGAGUGCCGAGCCCGACGAUCCUGACGAAGGCCUACCAGAGGACAGCGGAGCCUCUGUCGCUGCUCUCCUCGAUAUCGGCAAACUUAGGCUCGAAGUUGCGCCCUCGAAUUCGGAAGCAACGAACAGUACACCUACCACGUUUACAUACUUCGGCCCGCAGUCAAGUCGGUUUUUGUCCGGCGUGGAUUCACCGAAUGUCGACGCAGGGAAAAAACGAGACCCAUCUUAUGGCACGACUCCCUCGUACACUUGGUUCCCGUUUUGUUCUCCAGAGGAAGAGCGAGCGUUGCUUUCGACUUUUUGGGCGUGGCAACGGAUUCAUUUCCCAAUCGUCCUCCCCGAUCCAUUCCUCACGGCCUACAAUGCCCGCGACUUCAAUUGUGAACUCGUUACGCCCAUGUUACUCGACAUGAUCUUUGCCAUCGGCUCGUAUUUUGGUCCUGGCAAGGAAGGUGGGGAUGGAGCUCAGGGAGAGCGGUUUUUCAUGCGUGCCGAAUUGAGAAUCAUCGAAGAGAUCAAUAAUCCUCGGGUUGCGACUGUGCAGGCUUUGCUGCUCAUGGCUGUUUUCCAGAUGGGACAUGCCAAGACGCCUGUUGCCUGGACUCUUAACGGAAUGGCUGUGGCUCUUUCGACCAGGCUCGGACUGCAUAUUGAUACAUCGUCGUUGGUCGUUAGCGGAACAAUGCCUAAAGAUGUUUAUGCCUCUAGGAAUACCACAUUUUGGGCAGUCUUUACGCUCGAUCGAAUAUUCUCAACCAACAUGGGUCUCCAUCCGUUACUAUCCCGUCGCUCAAUCUCUACCCCUAAACUUCGCCAAUGGAUCGCGGAAUCCAAGUCGUCGGCGGUUGAAAACGCUGAAAUCCCAGACGCUGUAUGGGUAAUGCUUUCUGAAUUUAUGGACUUGGCCGAAACCAUGUUUGCUGAAGUAUAUGCAUUUGAUGCACCGAAACGCACGGCGGUCCAAGACUGUGAUCUGAUUACCAAAAACAUGCUCACGAUCCAGGCGUUUGUCGAUGAUUUUCCACGUCCGUUACGCUCGGCAAGUGCAAUGCGUGGGACGGAGCCUUGUUUAGUCUUCUUGCAUGUCCGACCAGCAGACAUAGCAGCCGAACGACGCUGCAGAUCGCUUGCGUUUGGACACUGCCGUACCGCCGCCUUGCGCACUAUGGAUCUCCUGCGACACCUCCCUCCUCGUUCUCCAUGCUUCACAACGCCAUUCUUCAUCUUUACCGCCUCGACGGUCUUGCUGCUCUCUCCGCGUGAUAGCCAUGCAAUGCGUGCUGUCCGGACUGGGUUGACCUGCUUGGAAGGAAUGGAGCGGGACGGGAUGUGGGUCGAGAGUGUUGUGGAUGCCAAGCAGCGCAUCUGGGGACUUGCGAGACGUUGGGAGGUUACUGGGCUCUCGGAUGGUGGGGCGUGGCACCAUGUUACUCCUCACCCGCACCCGCCCCCUCACCCUCAUCCCCACUCUCAUUCUCAUUCUCAUUCCAACUCGCCCUUGCACUCGGACUCACGUUGUCAAUCCCGGUCCCAAUCCCAAUCUCUCACCCACUCGAGUGUGGCCUCCCCAACCCAUUCCCAACCGCAAGAAAAGGAGCAAAAGGCCCACGGGCGAGCGGAUAGCAGCGAACCGCACGGAAGCCCGCAGUCCCCGUUCGACUAUACAUCCAAUCUCGUGACCAACUCCAACUCGCCCAGCAGCUUUGACCAAUACUACAUCGACUCGAUGCCCGAGCAAAAUGUUGCUAUUCCGUGGGCGGCGGGGCCGGUUGAGCCUGCGCUGUGGUUGAUGGGCACGAACAACGGCGGCUCGUCGUUCCAGAAUGCGGACUUGGACCAGUUGUUGUCCGAGGUGAAGGAUGCGCGCGAUGUCAAGGGCCCCGAGCAAUUCACAGAUUCCCUGGACAAGGUCUUACAGGACUUGAAAUCACUACCUGAAGCCCAUGCGUUUUUGAAGCCCGUGACAAGGGCGGAUGCGCCGGAUUAUCAUCUAGUGAUCAAACAUCCUAUGGAUUUGGCCACGAUGAGCAAGAAAGUGCGCACAAAGCAGUACCGCAACAAGGCCGAGUUUAUAGCCGACUUGAACUUGAUUUGGGACAAUUGUCUGAGUUACAAUGCGCAUCCCACGCACCCUCUUCGGCGCUGUGCCAAUACUCUCCGAAAACGAACGUCUAUUCUCUCUGAAAUUAUACAAGACCCAGCAGACCGCUCGGCCCCACUCACACUUCGCAGAAUCCCCCAGUUGCGCAGACGAUCACUCGUGGAUGAUUCGGAUGACGAGUAUAAUAGCUCAUCCGGUACAAAACCAACUACUAAAUCAAGGGCGCUGAACGGGGUUAUAAAUGGGGUCGACAAAUCUACGAAUGGGAAUGGGGUUGUUAGUCGAUGUGAGUUUGAAACAGGCGUGCUUGAACAACUCGGUGCUGAUUUCGACUUGGAGCAAGGAAGUCGCCGUCCGCUACCUGAGGAAUCCUUUUCGGAGCGAAGCGCUAUAACUCGUACCCAGGAGUCCAUGUCCCAAUUCACCUCGCUCGACAAGGAGCUUGCACGUCUGGAGCUCCAGACUGCCGGCGCUGGUCCAUCGCGGAUAAAGGAGGACUUUAUGAGCGAAGAGCUAAAUCGACGACUAAGGAAUCAGUUGAGACAACUUCGUGUAAACGACGAGGACGUGCAGCGCUUGGAUGAAUGGAGGGAUGUGGACGACGGUAAAGUUGGUGGCGGUGGCGGGAAGCGCAAGCGCGUUGUCAUAACCUCUUCGGACGAAGAGGAAGACGAAGCGCCACGCCGAACCAAAUUCUCCACCACUGGCUUGCUGCCCCAGGACCAAGACGAGCACGAAACACACCAUGAUCUGUGGUGGGAAGCUGUGCGUACGAGCGGGAUGAUCGGGAACGGCGUUAUGCCAAUGGCCCAACAUGGGUUUCCGGACGUGAAGCCCGUUAUCAUGAAAAGGCGAAAGAAGCGGCCAAAGGACACGGGGCUCAAAUACGCGAUUCAUAAAAAUAUCACGACACUCCACAACAUUCGCCGAAUGCAUACCAAAAUCUUGAUCCUCAAUGCCCUAGCGGAAGAAAACCAAAACGGGAACGAGGAUAUACCUCUCCCUCCAGACUCACCUACCACCGAGCCGCCGAUACUCUCGAUUCCUGGGCUGACUCUUGCGGAUGACUCGGGCGCAGAAUGUCUGAGCCGGGUGUCGACAACUGUUUUGCAGCACGCUGGGUUUGAAGGUAGCAGCCAAGGUGCUUUGAACGUUCUUCAACACGUGGUUGCGGAAUAUCUCGAGAACCUUGGGCGGACGUUUAGAUUCAUGACUGAUACUCUCGGAAAGACCAUGACCAACGAGCAAAUCGUGUUGCAUGCACUAGCCGAGCAUGGGAUAUCUGAAGUCCAAGAGCUAGAACGAUACAUCAAAGAUGAUGUGGAACGAUACGGAACUCGGCUUCAGGACUUGGAACGCAAACUUACGAAUGCGUAUGAUGAACAGACACAGGCAGGUGCGAUGGAAGAUGACGAGCUGUUUGACGAAGAGAACGAGAAUCUUGUCAUGGGUGGUUUCGCUGGUGAAUUAGGGGAAGAUUUCUUUGGUUUGCGUGAGCUUGGGCUGGAACAAGAGUUCGGCCUGACGUCGCUCUCGAUUCCAAGAAAGUUAUUGCGAACUAGGAGGAACAAUGCGGCCAACUCCAAUGCGGCUAAAGAACCUCAGUUACCUUAUCCGCCACCACCACCUUUCCAUCCGAUCCAUACCGCGAACCUCGAAUCGCACAUUGGACUCUUGCACCCCUUUUACGCGUCCAAAGCGCCUAUCCCACCGCCUCCUGCUCCUGGUACGGAAGGAGCCGCAGAUCUACCGACGGGUGUCAUGCUUCCCGACGACCCGGUCAACAGUCUCAAGGUCAAAAUGGGUCCGCUUGGACAAAUCAUUCCCGUUGCGCCCAGUGCGAGCAAGAAGAAAGGCGGCGGCGGCGGCGGUGGUGGUGGUGGUGGUGGUGCGGGCGGUACAGCGGGUGGAGAUGGGGGCGUCAAGCAGGAAGGAAGCGGAUCGGGAGGCGCACCGUCCAAAUCUCAGAAAAAGAAGGACAAAGACAAGAAGCCACCUCCACCCCCUUCAAACGAUCCUCCGCUCACAAUGCCCAAGUUUGGCAUCGGGACGGCCAAAUCUCCGAUUGUUCCCCCUGCACCCGCUCCUGAAGUGAGUACUAUGAUGCCUGAUUUCAACCAAUUCGUGAAUGGUGUGCAUGCUGGAAUAUAA